AUGCAGAAAAAGAGCCCUUGUUGCCCAGGCACCGGAGCUGCUGGCUUAGCCCUCAGGGGGAUGGCAAGCCAAAUGGGGCUGAACACCACAGACAGCUUAGAGCUGCUGUCCAUCCCUGAGCAGUCCAUCGCUCAGGAUGUGGUGGGCCUCUUCUUCAUGGUCCUGCUCACCCUCGUCGCCCUAGUGGCCAACACCGUGGUCAUGAUUGCCAUUCUCAAAAGUCCCCUUCUCAGGAAGUUAAUCUUUGUCUGCCACCUCUGCAUGGUUGACCUCCUCUCUGCCAUUUUCCUCAUGCCCCUGGGGAUCAUCUCCAGCUCCUCCUGCUUCAACAGGGUGAUCUACAGCACUGCUGAGUGCCAGGCCUUGAUGUUCCUGAAUAUCUGCUUCAUCAGUGCCUCCAUCCUCACCAUCUCCAUCAUCAGCGUGGAGCGAUACUAUUACAUCGUGCACCCCAUGAGGUAUGAGGUCAAGAUGACCAUCAGGCUAGCGGUGGCCGGAGUCAUCUUCAUUUGGGUCAAGUCUGCUCUCAUCCCUGUCUUGGCACUGGUGGGCUGGCCUCAAGGCAGUGGGGCCACCAGCGCCAGUCGCUGCACAGUCUACUGGAGUCCUGGGGCCCACAAGAAGGUUUUUGUGAUCAUCUUCAGCAUUGUCUGCUUUGUCCUGCCCACCAUCAUCAUCUUGGCUGUCUACUGCAGUGUCUACCGGGUGGCCCGGAUGGCGUCCCUGCAGCAGGUGCCUGCAGCACAGGCAGCCGUGCCGAGACGCCGAUCAGACUCCAUCGCCAGCCAAGUGACCAUCAUCACCAGGAACCUGCCACUGCCCAGGCUGAUGCCAGAGCGUUUUUUGGGAAGCAACAAGGCCAUCCUCACCUUGGUCCUCAUUGUGGGGCAGUUUCUGUGCUGCUGGCUGCCCUUCUUUGCUUUCCACUUGCACUCCUCUGUUGGUACGAGCACAGUACAUGGUGGUCACGGGGAGAUGGUGGUCACCUGGAUUGCCUACUCCUCCUUUGCCAUCAAUCCCAUCUUCUAUGGGCUGCUAAAAAAGGAGCUGGCCCGGCUCCGGCGCAGCUGUCUCAACAGGCCACUGGGCCAGGAGAUCUGUCUUUCCAUCUCGGAGGCUUCUGUUCAGGAAAACUUCUUGCAGUUCCUCCAGAGAGCGACUUGCACACUGGAGUCCCAUGCCAGCUGCAUCAGCCCCAGCCCCAGGAACAGGCUGGACCAGACCAAGAUGGACUUCCCCAUCCCAGGUCAAGUUCCUGAAGAGAGCAGCUGA